UUUAUUAUCAAUAUAUAUAGCCAAAAAUGAUAGGGUGGGAAGAUGUUUACAAGGUGGUGGAAGCCACGGCUCCACUCUACGUAGCCCUAAUAUUAGGUUAUGGCUCAGUGAAAUGGUGGAAGGUUUUCACUCCUGAGCAGUGUGGUGCCAUAAAUCGUUUCGUUUGCUUCUUCACUCUUCCUCUCUACACAUUCGACUUCACAGCCCACGUCGACCCUUUCCAGUGGAACUAUCGUUUCAUAGGUGCCGACGCUAUAUCGAAGGUGAUCAUCGUGGUGGGGUUGGCCUUUUGGGCCAAGUUGAGUAGCAAAGGGAGCUAUGCUUGGUCCAUAACAAGCUUUUCUCUGUGCACUCUCACCAAUUCCCUUGUCGUUGGAGUGCCUCUAAUGAAAGCCAUGUAUGGUCAAAUGGGUGUUGAUAUUGUCGUUCAGUCUUCGGUUGUACAAGCCAUUAUUUGGAUGACCCUUCUUUUGAUUGUUCUCGAGUGUUAUCGGUUGGAUAUUUCGUCCAACGACGAAAAAAAUGGUGUCGUUGGCGAUUCGAAUAAUAAUGGGCAGACUGCUACGAAGGAUUUGGAAAGAAAUGUGGAGGAAGAGCUUAGUAGUACUCGACAAUCUUACUGGUCAUUGAUGAAGGUUGUGGGGUCGAAAGUGGCCAUGAAUCCCAACUCUUAUGCCGUUUAUAUUGGCCUACUUUGGGCUAUCAUAGCCAGCAGGUGUCAUAUUACGAUGCCAAGUAUCCUUGAAGGGUCCAUUUCGAUCAUGUCAAAAGCUGGGGCAGGCACUGCCAUGUUUAGUAUGGGAAUAUUCAUGGCGCUGCAAAAAAAGAUAAUUGCAUGUGGAGUGAAAUUAACCGUGUUUGGCAUGGUUUUGAGGUUUAUCGCCGGACCGGCAGCCAUGGCUAUUGGCUGUAUUGCCGCCGGCUUGCAUGGCGAUGUUCUACGUGUAGCUAUCGUUCAGUCAGCACUACCACAAGCGAUUGCAUCUUUUAUUUUUGCCAAAGAAUAUGGAUUGCAUGCAGAAGUAAUUAGCACAGCGGUUAUCUUUGGGACGAUGGUGUCUGUUCCUGUGCUAAUAGCUUUUUAUAUCGGUUUAGAUGUAAUACAUUGGCCUUUUUUAUAGUUAAUAAUUAAUUUGGUCAAAUUCCAUUUUCAUCCUAUUGUAACAAUGGUAUUGAUUAAUCUAAAGAUUUAGGCUUUU